UUCUCGGCGCGUUCGUCACGCUACUUCCCAGCUAGAAAGGACAGAAAACUAAAACAAAGAACAGUGAAAGUUAGCUUCAAAAACAUCAAAUUUCCUUCAUUUUUUGCUUUUCCAGCAUUUUCCUAGAAUUUCACUCCCGCCUAAAAGCAGUCAACGUCCAAUGCUCAGUCAGAGUGCUUCGAUCGCAGUGGCACUGCUGCUGCUGCUCCUGCUGACGGGAACAACGGACGCCGAUCUGGAGGCGGAUUCCUCAUCCUCCUUCUCCGCCAGCACACAACCGCCUGGAGCCGAGGAGACACGCCGCGUGGCCAAACGGGCGCCCACCUCCAGCUUUAUUGGGAUGCGUGGCAAAAAGGACGAGGAGCGGGAUAAUGCAGAGGGCAACUGGCUGGCAGCUGGAUCCGCACCCGAUCCUCUGGACUAUGCCGACGAGGAUGCGGAAAACUACUACUCCGAAAACGGGCGGCGGCUCAAGAAGGCUCCUCUGGCCUUUGUGGGCGUGCGUGGCAAGAAGUUCAUCCCGAUAAGUGCCCGCCUAACCGACGUCUUGCAGCAUCUGGAAGAGGAGCGGUUGCGGGAGAAUCUACUGCAAGACUUCCUCGACCGCCUGGUGACGGGUCAGGGUGAUGUCAGCAAGCGUGCACCCACCGGAUUCACGGGAAUGCGGGGCAAGAGACCCUCGUUUCUGGCCAAUGAUGAGAGCAGUGAAAGCGAGGCAGAGGAGCCCAUGGAUCUGCUCCAGAAACGGGCGCCAGUGAACUCCUUUGUGGGAGUGCGCGGCAAGAAGGAUGUGUCGCAUCAGCACUACAAGCGAGCUGCUCUGUCAGAGUUCUGGCAUAAUUUCUUUAAAAAGUCCUACGACAUGAGGGGAAAGAAGCAACGCUUCGCCGACUUCAACAGCAAAUUUGUGGCGGUGCGUGGCAAGAAGAGUGAGCUGGAGGCGGAUGGCAUCGGGAACGGGAAGAGAGAGAGCCAGCAGCAGUACCUGGUCCAUCCUUGGCUAUACCUAUGGGGUGAUAAGAGGGCGCCUAGUGGCUUUCUGGGCAUGCGUGGCAAACGUGAAGCUCUCUUAGAGUAGACUUCGCCCCCCAAUAUGAAUGGUCGUGAUGGAAGUUCCUCUUAGAGCUACGGAAAUAGGCAAAUCAAGACAGGAUGCAAGCAGGUGAUCGAUCGAUGGAGCAGAGACGGAAUCUGGAGAAGGAAUACAAAGGGUGUUUUAAAUAAUCACUGGGCUGGAGAUUAUUUGAAACAUCAACAAACUACACACAAAACAAAUCCCACGACUUAAUUUCAGCUUAAUGUAUAUUGGAGACUUGCUAAUUAUGUAAUGUAUAUUGAUUGGAAUUGAAUGAAACUUCAAUUAAACUAUUUGCAUAUCUAAGUGUGAACUCUUAAUCAAAAUUAUAAACAACACUAAUAUAGAACUAAUUGAAAUGCACAAGGAAAAGGACAAAAAAAACAGAGAAGAGGAAACAUUUAUUUAUUUUCAAGAUGUAUAUUUAUUAAACAACUUUCGUUGUGGUACAUCUACGUAUACAAGAGAUAUAUAUACACAUACAUAAA